CGCUUGAGAUACCUGCGUUGUGGUUAACACAAAAAUGUGCUAGUGUAACCUGUGGUGUAACUUUAGAGCUAUGUGGGAACCAGGCGGCAACACCGAUUCUGUUUAUAAAUCAAUCCGAGAUGACCUCCGCAGUCAAGUGGCGGAGCUUCGAAAGCUCUCGGCGUCGUUCCAGCCGCGACUGGCCAUCGUGCAGGUGGGCGGCCGCGAAGACUCCAACGUCUACAUCAGGAUGAAGCUCAAGGCUGCCGAGGACAUCGGCAUGAAGGCUGAACAUAUUCGUUUGCCGAAGACCAUCACUGAGACUGAGCUCCUGCACGAGAUCAGGGCGCUGAACGAAUCCCCGCACGUGCACGGAAUCAUCGUGCAGAUGCCCCUAGAUGCGGAGACCACCAUCGAUGCUCAUCGCAUCACGGACGCCGUCUCACCUGACAAGGAUGUUGAUGGCCUAAACACAGUGAACGAAGGUCGCGUAGCCGUCGGCGACCUAUCCGGCUUCAUUCCCUGCACGCCGGCUGGCUGCGUGGAGCUGAUCAAGCGCACCGGCGUGCCCAUCGCUGGGAAGAACGUCGUCGUCAUCGGCCGCAGCCGCAUCGUGGGAACGCCAGUCUCGGAACUGCUGAAGUGGGAACACGCCACUGUUACAGUCUGCCACUCGAAGACCAAGAAUUUGAGUGAAAUCGCCAAAACCGCCGAUAUCCUGGUGGUUGCAAUCGGACGCGCUGAGAUGGUACGAGGUUCGUGGAUCAAGCCGGGCGCUGUAGUCAUUGACUGCGGUAUCAACCCAGAUCCCGAAAAGAGCAAGAAGUUGCUCGGCGACGUCGCGUACGCAGAAGCGAGCGCGGUCGCGUCGUACGUGACGCCGGUGCCAGGCGGCGUGGGCCCGAUGACCGUGGCGAUGCUCAUGAGAAACACCGUGCAGGCCGCGCGCAGGCAGAUCGAGCGUCUGCUCGCGCCCGCCUGGCCUCUCAAGCCGUUGAGAUUGAACCCUGUGUCGCCGCCACCAAGUGACAUCGUAAUCGCGCGGUCGCAGAAGCCCAAAGACAUCGCCGAGCUGGCUGAUGAGAUCGGGCUGUUCCCUAACGAAGUGUCGCAGUACGGGCGCACUAAGGCCAAGAUAUCGCUGUCGGUGCUGGACAGAUUGAAGGGACAGAAGGAGGGGAAAUACAUCGUGGUCGCUGGCAUUACUCCGACUCCUUUAGGCGAAGGCAAGAGCACCACUCUACUAGGGCUGGUACAGGCACUGGGCGCGCGGCGCGGGCGCAACUCCUUCGCCUGCAUGCGGCAGCCCUCGCAGGGACCCACCUUCGGCGUCAAGGGCGGCGCGGCCGGCGGCGGGUACUCACAGGUCAUCCCCAUGGAAGAGUUCAACCUGCAUUUAACCGGCGACAUCCACGCAGUAACAGCAGCCAACAACCUUCUGGCCGCCCAAAUGGACGCGCGUAUCUUCCACGAGCUCACCCAAAAAGACGGGCCCCUAUACGACCGGCUGGUGCCAAGGAUCAAGGGAGUGAGGAAGUUCUCCCCCAUCCAGCUUAGGAGACUGCAGAGAUUGGGCAUCAACAAGACCGACCCGGACUCUUUGACAGACGAGGAGAAGACUAAAUUCGCUAGAUUGGACAUCGACCCCUCGAAGAUUAUGUGGAACAGAGUUGUGGACCUCAACGACCGCUACCUCCGCAAGGUGACAAUCGGCCAGUCGCCUACUGAGAAGGGCUACACUCGCGAGACCGCCUUCGACAUCUCCGUCGCUUCUGAGAUCAUGGCCAUCCUGGCGUUGGGCAAUGAUGUGGACGACAUCAAGCAGAAGCUGGCCAGUAUGGUCGUAGCUCUUGACAAGAAGGGCAACCCCGUCACGGCUGAUGACUUGGGCAUGACAGGAGCGCUGCUAGUGCUACUUAAGGACGCGUUCGAGCCGACGCUGAUGCAGUCUCUAGAAGGCACGCCGGUGCUCGUCCAUACCGGGCCCUUCGCAAACAUCGCUCAUGGUUGCUCCUCCAUCUUGGCCGAUAGGAUCGCGCUCAAGCUGGCCGGCGAGCGCGGUUACGUCGCCACUGAAGCCGGAUUCGGCUCUGAUAUUGGCAUGGAGAAGUUCUUCGACAUCAAGUGUCGCGCGAGCGGUGCGAGCCCGCACUGCGCCGUGCUCGUCAGCACCGUGCGCGCGCUCAAGAUGCACGGCGGCGGCCCGCCCGUCUCGCCCGGCGCGCCGCUGCACGACGUCUACGUCAAGGAAAACCUGGAACUACUGAGCAAAGGCUUAUGCAAUUUGGGCAAACACAUCAGCAAUGGCAACAAAUUCGGCGUCCCAGUCGUGGUCGCGGUCAACAGACACGGAAACGAUACACAAGCAGAACUGAAUCUGGUGAAAGACUUCGCCGAGAAGAACGGUGCUUUCCGCGCGGUCAUAUGCGACCAUUGGGCCAAGGGUGGCGAGGGAGCCCUAGACUUAGCAGACGCUGUCAUCGCGGCCUGCGAGGCGCCUUCCAAGUUCCAGUACCUCUACCCGCUGGAGAUGCCCAUCCUGGACAAGAUUAAGAAGAUUGCCACCGAGAUGUAUGGCGCAGGGACUGUGGAGCACACCGAUGAGGUGCUAGAGAAGAUCAAGCUGUUCACUGAGAAGGGAUACGACAAGUUCCCGAUCUGCAUGGCCAAGACGUCCAACUCUUUGACCGGCGACCCGGCCAUAAAGGGAGCACCCGUGGGCUUCCCGCUCAAGGUCAACGGGAUAUUUGUAUCCGUGGGCGCACGGUUCGUGGUCCCAAUGGUGGGCGAAAUCACGAAAAUGCCCGGCCUGCCCACUCGGCCUAGCAUCUACGAUAUAGAUCUGAACACCACCACUGGAGAGAUCGAGGGACUGUUCUAAAUAAAUCGAAUUAAGUCGAUCAGCAAUAACUAGAAAAACUCUUGUUUAAGGGCAAUUCUUUAGAUCAGGUAAAAGUGAUAAAGUGCAAAUCGAUGUCCAUUUAUUACCAUGCAGUUUUAACAAGUCUAAAAUACUCCAAGAAUCUAUUUCUUUUUUUUUAUCGUAUUUUAGUCGAUGGAUUUUGUUAUUGUUGAACGAAGCUUUAAAUUGGGGACCAAAAUGUAUAUUAUAUUAUAAUCGCAAUUAUGCU